UGUAUGCAGGUAAAUUGUGGUGAAAUAUAUGGUUAAGCAAUUGAUGUUUCCACUGCUGUCAAAGUUUAGCAUACAGGUUCGUCUCUUUGGUCUAAAGGGAAGUUAACAAAUAGAAAGUUAUCCAGGAGAUGGACACAAAAGCAUUGAACCAGAUUAACUGCUAGAAGAAUGCUGGUCUGCAGAUCAUCAGAGAUACAUUUUGAAAACCAUGAUCGUUCAAUCUCAACUGAGCAGGUGAUCCACAGUAGCUUUGUAAUUCAGGAUUUGUAAAACAGGCAAGCUGCAGUUGGUGGGACUAGACUUUGCAAGUUCCUGACUUUGGCUUUCACUGGAGUAGUCCAAUCUCACCUGAAGAUUUUAUUUUCUAACAACAGAUAUUGGAUUUUGCCAGGUACUUUUUAAUGCUAGACUUAAGUUAAUUAGCAGGUGGUUCCAAGGUGCUUUGGUUUUAACCUAUAUUUACAUUUUGAACCAGGAAGAGGCAGCUAUUUUUUCGACUCCUUGUUGACAGCUUUGAUGACUCUCAGUAAAAUUAAGUGAGAAAAAAGGCUAAGUCAACUAAUUUCCUAGAAAGCAGUACGAUUUUGCGGACGAAGUGGAUUAAAAAGCUUUAUCAAACAGGAAAAGUUCUCCACAUGAAAAUAUUUAUUACAAAACAGCACCAUAAGACAGCAGAAAAGCAAAAAAACUGGUGUUAUAAGAAAUAAUUCAAAAGCAUCUAGACAGUUUGAGCCAAGGAGAAGCAAAAUUAGAUGUUACCAAAAGAAGAUUUGAAGGUUGCAGUUGGAUCGUAAUAAGAAUAAAUAAGGUAAAUUUCUUCACCAACCGUCAAGAUUUUCAGUGCGAUAGCAGCUGGCAGUAUGCCGGUAGGGGGAAGCCCUCACCGGUCAAACAGACAUCGGGACUUGCCCGAAUGCAAUGGGCAGCCGCUAUUGCUUCUCCACCAGCAUAAGGAUCAUGAAAAUGGCAGCAUUAAUGAAGGAAAUAAUGGGGACAUUGAAAAUGGCCAUCAGAACCACCUGCACGUGGUUACAAAGAGACCUCUGUCAAGACAUUCUAAGUUGGAGGCUUAUCUCACGGCACUAACAAUUUUGUUGUUCUGCGCCUGCAUAGUGUUCAUAUUUAUUGCCUUUUCUAAAGACGGGAACUGGAGGCAACAGGAUUUGGGACAAGCCAGUGCAGCAGCUUCCUCCUUUGAUGACGUCUGUAUAACAGAAAACUGUGUUAAAACAGCUGCAGCCUUACUAGAGUCUAUGGACAGUAGCGUGGAUCCAUGUGAAGACUUUUUCCAGUAUGCAUGUGGAUCUUGGAACAAGAAAAACAUCAUUCCUGAAGAUAAGACUGGGUUUAAUACAUUUGAGAAACUGCAUGAUGAGUUGCUUGUCAAGUUGAAAGCUCUGCUUGAAGAACCCCUGAAAAGCGGUGAUGCAGCUUCCAUUGAUCAAGCUAAAAUACUAUACCGUUCUUGUAUGAAUUUGACUGAAAUAGACCGUCUUGGUAAAUCUCCACUUCAGGAAGUCCUGAAACCUUUUGGUGGCUGGCCAAUAGCAGACGAGGCCUGGUCUGAAGGAAAAUUUAACCUUGAAGCUACUUUGGGAAAACUAAGGAGACAGUUUAAUCUCCCAGUUAUGAUAGACUCUUGGAUUGCAGCUGAUGAUAAAAAUUCAUCAAUACACAUUUUACAGAUUGACCAGCCUGUGCUGGGUAUGCCAAGCCGUGAGUACUAUACAGAAAGUUUAUAUCUGGAACCCUAUAGAAAAUUCAUGAUAGAAAUAGCCAAGCUAUUGGGAGCGGAUGGUGAAGAUGUCAUACAGUCUAUUGAGAAAGUGCUCAGUCUGGAAAUAAUGUUGGCAAAUAUCACGAUACCACAAUCGCAGAAACAUGACACUAGCGCCAACUAUAAUAAAUUUUCCAUUAAAGAGUUAAUGCGACAGGUGCCUGGGAUAAAAUGGAUGAACUAUUUUGAGAAUUAUUUGCAGCUGCCAUUUACGCAGGAUGAACCAGUGGUUGUUUUGGCACUCACUUAUUUCAGAGACUUGGAAAAGAUCGUCCUAAAAACUGAUCACAGAGUUUUGGCAAAUUAUAUGCUGUGGAGACUUGUCAAGCUGUUUGUGCCAGAACUUAGCAAGGAUUUCAGAGAACAGAGAAACUCUUACAGGAAAGUAAUACAGGGUGUAGUUAAAGAAAAAGUGCGCUGGCAGAAAUGUGUAGAGUAUGCCAACGAGCGUAUGGGUAUGGCUGUGGGAGCUUUGUUUGUGAGAGAACAUUUCAAGAAAGAGAGUAAAGACACAGCAACGGAAAUGAUUAAUAACAUAAAGGCAGCUUUCCAGGAUCUACUGAGGGAAACAGACUGGAUGGAUGAUGUCACUAAGGAAUAUGCCAUAGCGAAGGCAAGUGCAAUGAAUGAAAGGAUUGGCUACCCGGAAUACAUACUGAACAACACUGAGCUGGAUAAUAUAUACACAGGGCUUGACUUUAAAAAAGAUCAGUACUUUAAAAACUUGGUGAAAGUGGAAGAAUUUCUGGCCACAAGGAUUGUGAACAAGUUAGGCAAGCCUGUGCCACUUGGCAUAUGGGAACAGGACCCUGCUGUCGUGAAUGCUUUCUACAACCCGAAUAAAAAUGACAUUGUUUUUCCAGCUGGAAUUUUACAACCUCGGUUUUAUAGUUCUACUUUUCCAAAGUCCUUGAACUAUGGGGGUAUUGGUGUAGUCAUAGGACAUGAAAUAACACAUGGAUUUGAUGAUAAAGGCAGGCAGUUUGACAAAAAUGGCAACUUAAAGCACUGGAUGGACAAUCAGACAAUAAAUGAAUUUCGCAAGAAAGCUGACUGCAUGACAGAGCAGUACUCACAGUACAAGCUGGAGCAAAUUAACAUGAAUAUUGAUGGUAAGAAUACAGAGGGGGAGAACAUAGCAGAUAAUGGUGGAUUGAAGGAGGCAUUCAGGGCAUAUAGAAGCUGGGUUGCCAAGAAUGGAGAAGAGCAGAGACUACCAGGACUGAACCUCGAUCAUAACCAGCUCUUCUUCUUGAAUUAUGCCCAGAUCUGGUGUGGUACCAUGAGGGAUGAAGAAGCUUUGCACAAGAUAAGGACAUCAGUGCACAGUCCGGGACCAAUCAGGGUGAGAGUUCCCCUGUCCAAUUCCCUGUACUUUGCUGAGGCAUAUAACUGCCCAGUGGGCAGUGUGAUGAAUCCAGUCCACAAAUGUGAGGUGUGGUGAGGGGGGCUGGACAGGCUCGGAGGAGGGUCAGGAGGGUUUAAAAAGAAAAUUGAACAUAAUGUGCAGGAUUCAAGGAAGUUCAUUUUUGAUAGAAAGUAUGUGUGAAUGAAAGGUUUUAAGUUUGAAAGAUUUUAAUCCAAGAGAAGUAUCCUGUGUAACACUUUGUAUGUACAGCCAGGAAAGUGUUUAUUGAAAUGCUGUUAUAGUAAAGUGUCAGUGUUGAUGUCUUUAGUUUGCCAGUAAGGGGUGCCUUACAAUACCACCCUUAGCCUUGCUGGGUCUUUUUUAGAAAUUAAAUUUUAAUAUAACUGCGGUCUAGUAAAAAUUGCUUUUUUAAGUUGAGGAAGUUGUGAACAAUUCUCACUGAAAUUGGCAAUGUCAUUGCUGUUUUUGGACUUUUUUCCUUUGAGAAAUAACUGUAUUGUGCAAAAUGUAGACAGUGAUAAUAGAAUAUUUUAUAAUAUGUACUGUAACAUCUAUGUUUUACUUAUUUAAAUAGAAUAGUUAUUGUAUCUUAAUACUACAAGCUAAUAUGCUUUGAAUUUUGGCUUAUGAUUAUUAUUAUUAUUAUUAUUAUUAUUAUUAUUAUUAUUAUUGUUGUUAUUAUAUAUGCAUGCAUUUUGGAGGAAAGGAAAAAAAUCAUUAGUUUGAUAUCAAACAAUUUGUAAGAGCAAGAUCAUAAAUUUUCAGUUUAAUAUUGAUGAUUUGAAGUAAUGUGAUACAGGAGGUUUUUCACAUUUUGGUAUUUAUUUUUUCUUUCUUGUUCUCUUAGUGUAUAAUAUUUAGAGUAGUGGAAAAUGAAUGAAAUAUGUGUUGCAAUUGUACCCAAGAUAUUUGUAAUAUUGUUGAUAUUAUGUGGUUUAUGAAAAGACUUUGCUGAUUGAUACAGUAUAAAAUAAGGAUGGGAAUUUACCUCCUUUAGGAAAAUUUUCUCUUUUGUAUUGAAGACAGGAAAGUAAACGGGUUUGUAUAAGGGUUUAAAAUGGGGGAAAUCCAUGACAUGGAAAGUGGUUUCCUUCUUGAAUGGCAUUUUUUCCAUUCCAAUAUUUUUUAAUAUAUUAUUUUUAUUUAUUGUUUUGAGAAAUAUGGAAGAAGGUGAAGUUGGCUCUGCUCUAUUUAACAGACAUGUAAAAGAACCUUAUUAUAUCUAGAACUUACAUGCUUAAUUUGUCAUAAGUACAUGCAUUACCUUGUAUUGAUCAAUUUUGGGGUAUAUCUAUUUUUAUCUCUAAACUGUGGGCCAUUGCAAUUAGAGAUCUUUUUUCAAUUUUCAUGGUUGUUGAAUACAAAUUAUUUAUCUUUUGAAAUUUUGAUGUUUUAACUGUAUUGUAUAUACCAGUAUAUAUUAAAGAUUUGCUGGACUGUGCCGUAAAAAAACUACAUGCAUAUUAGCAUAUAUAUACAUUUCACUUGAUGGCAUAUGUGAAAUUUUGAUGUGCAAUUUAUUAUUCAGUGGUAGAUCUAAGGUUUAGGAUAAUUUAUGAUUGGGAAAUACACAUGAGCAGAGUACAUUUUAACCCUGCUACUACAUGUAUGUUGCUUAACUUGAUUUUUUUUUAUGUACCAAAACAUAAUUUGUUUGUGAUGAGAGUCCAAAGGAUCGGCGGAGGGGUUAUGGGCUUGCCCAAAGCACCCCAUCCUUUAAUUGCUAGUGUGAAUGCUGUGAUCUGAUAAAAGAUGAUUUUUUAAAUGAAAUCACAUUAUUUUACCUACCUCAUUCAUUUUCAGGAUUUGCUUUAUUAGGUAAAACUUGGCAAACAUUUAUACACAUUUUCCUUCACUCAUUUGCAACAGAUUACAAAUAUGAAUAACCUUAACAUUUUUCAUUUGUAAUUUUUUAAUGAAAUUUUGAAAAUUUAAGUAAAAUCUUUAGAAUUUUGGAAUUUGACAGAUAUUUGAGGUCUGACCUGCCUGUAAAUAGAGGGAGAUAGUUAAGACAGCAGGUUCAGGAAAUUAUUAAUGCUUUAAUUCUCUUGGGACCAUUGCACAGAAUGUUUUAGUUUAUUGGUUCAGAAACCUGCAGAUAUUUUUGCCUGCAUCAGGAAGGUAUUGUUUGUACUUAAAAAGUGCUUUGAAAAAUAUGAAUAAAUGCAGAGGACAGGAAAUCUCCUCCUUUAUAAAAAUCCCCCCCCCCCCCCCAACACACUUUUUGAUGUAAAAUAUAUGCAAUAUAGAAUGUUGCUGGCCUGGUAUGAAAUGUUCCAAAUUGGGCAAAGUUUAAGGGAGUGUAAGUGUUUACUCUUUUUUUAUUAAUAUCUGUACUCUUGGUGAAAGUUAGAUGGUGGGAAAUUUUUGAAAAUUUUUUCUCAGGCACUGGAAAGGCCCAUGCUACAGCUGAUAUUUAUGUAUGCGGUAGUUCGUAUGUUUUCCUACAAACUCUGAUACUUUCGAAUAUUUCUGGUAUCACUUAAUUAUUAUUACUGUCACUGCCUGCAUGAAUUAUUUAUAGUUUACCUUAGCAAGGGGCGGAUUGAGGUCGUCUUCUGUUUACAUUGAUGUUUACAUUGACGGGAAUCUAAUUUUUUCUGUCGAAAGAAGGUCAAAAAUGGAGGAUGGUUCAAUAACGAUAAUG